GAAGAUAGUGUUCGUAGCUUGACUAUGUUUGGUCAUUUUGGUUUUGAAUGUUUGCCUCAUCAGUUGGUAAACAAGGCUAUUCAACAAGGAUUUUCUUUAAAUAUUCUUUGUGUAGGGGAAACUGGAAUUGGAAAAUCAACACUGAUUGAUACAUUAUUUAAUACAAAUUUGAAAGAUAAAAAGUCCUCACAUUUUUACUCAACGGUUGGACUUAAAAUACAGACGUAUGAACUUCAAGAAAGUAAUGUUCAACUGAAAUUGACAGUUGUCAAAACAGUGGGAUAUGGAGAUCAAAUGAAUAAAGAAGCCAGCUACCAACCAAUAGUUGACUAUAUCGAUGCUCAAUUUGAAGCCUAUCUUCAAGAAGAAUUGAAAAUUCAGCGUUCCUUCUCAGACUGCCAUGAUACUCGUAUCCAUGUGUGCCUUUACUUCAUUUCUCCUACAGGACAUUCUCUGAAAUCCAUUGAUCUAUUAACCUUGAAGAACAUCGACAGCAAGGUGAACAUUAUACCGCUUAUUGCCAAAGCAGAUACACUUUCUAAAAAUGAUUUGCAGAAAUUUAAGUGCAAGAUAAUGAGUGAAUUAAUUAAUAAUGACAUUCAGAUAUACCAAUUCCCUAUAGACGAUGAAAGUACUGCUCAAUUGAACUCCUCUAUGAAUGGGUACUUACCUUUUGCUGUAGUCGGGAGUAUGGAUGAAGUGAAAGUUGGAAAAAGAAUAGUCAGAGGUCGUCAGUACCCUUGGGGAGUUUUACAAGUGGAAAACGAAAAUCACUGUGACUUUGUUAAGCUUCGGGAUAUGCUUCUUUGUACAAAUAUGGAAGACUUGAAGGAACAGACUCACAUUAGACAUUAUGAACUCUAUCGGUACUACAAAUUGCAGGAAAUGGGUUUUGCUGAAGUGGGCCCAGACAACCAGCCAGUUAGUUUUCAAGAAAUAUAUGAAGCCAAAAGGCAGGAGUUCUUGGAUCAAUGUAUGAGCGAAGAAGAUGAGUUGAAACAAAAGUUCAUGCAGAGAAUAAAGGAAAAAGAAACAACUUUUAAAGAAGCUGAAAAAGAGCUACAGGAUAAGUUUGAACAUCUUAGAAAAAUCCAACAAGAGAAGACAAUGAAACUUGAAGAAGAGAGAAGACAAUUGGAAGAAGAAAUAAUAGAAUUUUAUAAAAUGAAGACAGCCUCUGAAACACUGCAAACUCAGAUCGGCGUCAAUAUGAAAAAGGACAAAGAUCGUAAGAAAUAG